AUGCGAUCCUCUUUUAUCAUUCUUACUUUUGCAGCUGCUUGCUUACUUGGAUCUUCCUUGACAUCUCCAAUUUACGCCAAACGUGGUAUUGUUGGUAAUGCUCUUGACCUACUUUUAGGGACGCCUCCGCAUGAUGGUUACCCAGCUGUCUACCCGCCUAAUUACGUACCUGGCCACGCGGCAUUUAUUGUAUAUACCUUAUCACAGCUCAUUUUACCGGAGGAAGAAAACAAAAUAGCCAGAGGAAAUGUAUCAAGAGAAGAUGUUAGUAGCUCAAAAACCAGCUCUGGCUAUUCAGCCGUUGCUGGAUAUAUGGACGAAGAGCACGUUGUGAUCGAGGAAGCUUUGGGCGGCGCAGAAGAUGACAAAGCCUAUGCUGCUGGCAACAGCCUGAAAGUGCUUGAAGCCAUGUAG